UGUUUUAGCAAAUCGGCUAGCCGCUGCGACGCCGCGGACAUCUGCCGCAUCGGGUACUUAAGGCUCUUUUGACUCCCAUUCCCCAUAAAAACUGGUUUUAAACGUCGGUAUCUUGACGGUUGUUAUUUAUGAUGAUAGAAUUUAAUUAAACAUCUAACUAUUUUUAGGUCUUAUAAUAAAAAUUUCAACCGAUUUGGCGGGACUAGAUCGGGUUAACAAUACGACGAGCUAGAGGCUAAAGCAGCGAGACACAGGCUAGUUUGUUUUUUCAGGUAGCUAACUUAGCUUAGCAGGCCACAGCGGCUGUCAUGGAAGACAAAUCUUUUACUAAAGAAUUAGACCAAUGGAUCGAACAGCUAAAUGAGUGUAAGCAGUUAUCGGAAAACCAAGUCAGGACGCUCUGUGAGAAGGCCAAGGAGAUUCUGACCAAGGAGUCAAAUGUUCAGGAGGUGCGAUGCCCGGUGACGGUGUGUGGCGAUGUUCAUGGUCAGUUCCACGACCUGAUGGAGCUCUUCAAGAUUGGAGGCAAAUCUCCUGACACCAACUACCUGUUCAUGGGAGACUAUGUUGACAGAGGCUACUACUCUGUGGAGACAGUCACGCUGCUCGUCACGUUAAAGGUUCGGUUCCAGGAGAGAAUCACCAUCCUGCGAGGGAACCAUGAGUCACGGCAGAUCACACAGGUCUAUGGCUUCUAUGACGAAUGCCUGAGGAAGUACGGCAACGCCAAUGUCUGGAAGUACUUCACAGACCUGUUUGACUACCUGCCGCUCACUGCACUGGUCGAUGGACAGAUCUUCUGUCUCCAUGGAGGCUUGUCUCCCUCCAUAGACACUCUGGAUCAUAUACGAGCUUUGGACCGUCUGCAAGAAGUUCCACAUGAGGGCCCAAUGUGCGACCUGCUGUGGUCGGACCCAGAUGAUCGUGGCGGGUGGGGGAUCUCUCCUCGAGGUGCUGGAUACACCUUUGGACAGGACAUCUCUGAAACCUUCAACCACGCCAAUGGCCUCACCCUGGUGUCCCGUGCCCAUCAGCUGGUCAUGGAGGGCUACAACUGGGGCCAUGACAAGAACGUGGUGACCAUCUUUAGUGCUCCAAACUACUGCUACCGCUGUGGAAACCAGGCAGCCAUAAUGGAACUGGACGACACUCUGAAAUACUCUUUCCUUCAGUUUGACCCCGCUCCUCGCCGCGGUGAGCCCCACGUGACCAGACGCACUCCUGACUACUUCCUGUGAAUGUUGAUGCCAUCCCGUCAGUCAUCCACGAAGCUCCACCCUCUCUGCACCCCCUGCCCCACCUUCUCAUUUGGAUGGAAAAAGAGAUAUUAUUGAUGAUACUGUACCAGGAAGAAUAGAAAUAAUUGGCUGAUAAGAUUUGAAUAAAAAGAGAAGCUUAAAGUGGCCCCUAAACAGUUGUUUUCAAUAUGUUGUCAUUAAUGCUGUGCUUCUUGGAAAACAACUCCCGCAAUUAUAGUCUGUUUUUUUUUUUUGUUUUUGUUUUUUUGUUUAUUACCUGUUUGAAGAUGAGAUAAUAAAACUACCAACGUGGACCAAAUGUGCCAUAUUCUUAUCCUUUUACAACUUGUACAACGUGCAAAGUUUCUUUUUCUGUUGAUUGUUUUUUUUUUAUUUCUUUAGAACAGCACUAAAACCCGACCUACCUGACAUCACACAUCUCAUGCAUACAGUACCUGCUUUUUCUGUUGCAAGAUCAUUUUUAAAAAUCGAGGGGGAAAAAGUUUGCUUCAAGUAGUACAGCUGUGAGUUUUAGCUGCCAAUGGCCGCAGCCGGUGGUCAUCUCGGCAAGUAUAUUACUGUAAUUUGAAUAAAGACAACAGACGUGAAAUAAAAUAUCGCAUUGACGAACUA